AUUACCUCAAACACCUCAAUCCCUCACGCUCCAAUCCGUUUCCCAACUAUCUUCAUCGUUCCCCUUCAAAGCACGUGCAUCCUUUUUCUCUAGUCACGUGCUCCCCACUUCUCCAGUUUCGAAUUCGACUCUCUCUCUCUCUCUCUGUUUUUCUUCCCCACGCCACUUUCUAUACAAUAUUUAUACAUUUCCCCCAAAUUCAAUUCGUACACAAAUGGAAAAAGAAUCAUUGUAAUUCAAAUUCAUUGUAAAAUCAAGAUUCUCAAUAGGAUGUGAAGAAAGAGAGAUGCACGCCUAUAAUCGGCUCCCGAGUAGCGGACACAACAGCCCAUCUUCGCCGCCGUCUUCGCCUGUUUCCCGUUCGCCCCGGCUGCGCCACCGAUCCUCCGCCUCUGGCAGACCGGGUCGGCCCGCACCGAAAACUCUAGCCCAGCGACUCGCCUGGAUCCUUCUUUCUGUCCUAUUAAAACGCCAGGGCAUUUUCUUAUUUGCACCCCUUUUGUACAUCUCGUUUAUUCUGUUUUACAUGGGGACGGUGUCGUUUGACGUGGUUCCGGUUAUAAAGCAUCGGCCGGCGCCUGGAUCAGUAUACCGGAGCCCCCAGCUCUAUGCGAAGCUUCGGCCCGAAAUGGACUCGGAUAAUUUCUCUGUUGAUACGAUAUCGACAAUAUGGAAACACUCUUAUAAAGGGGGUGAAUGGAGACCAUGCACAAAAAAGUCGUCAGGAGGUUUACCUGAGUCAAAUGGAUACAUUUAUGUUGAGGCGAAUGGUGGUUUGAACCAGCAGAGAACAUCGAUAUGCAAUGCUGUUGCUGUGGCAGGAUAUCUUAAUGCUACACUUGUAAUUCCCCAUUUCCAUUUUCACAGCAUUUGGAGAGAUCCAAGCAAAUUUGGUGAUAUUUAUGAUGAAGAGUUUUUUGUGAAAGCACUAGAAAAUGAUGUUCGGAUAGUGGAGACAGUUCCAGGAUACAUAAUGGAGCGAUUUGACUACAAUAUGAGCAAUGUGUACAACUUCAGGAUAAAAGCAUGGUCAUCCAUCAACUACUAUAGGGAUUCUGUUCUUCCAAAGCUACUUGAAGAAAAGAUUAUAAGGAUUUCUCCUUUUGCAAAUCGUUUGUCAUUUGAUGCACCUCCACCAGUUCAACGUCUAAGAUGCUUGGCGAAUUAUCAAGCUCUGCGGUUUUCAAGUUCCAUUUCUGCUUUGGGCAAUACCUUGGUUUCAAGAAUGAAAGAACGCAGUGCAAAUAAUAGUGGCAAAUAUAUUUCUGUGCAUCUUCGCUUUGAAGAGGACAUGGUUGCUUUCUCUUGUUGUAUAUAUGAUGGCGGAGAUGGAGAAAAAAGAGACAUGGAUGCUGCAAGGGAGAGAGGUUGGAAGGGAAAAUUUACAAAACCUGGUCGGGUUAUUCGUCCUGGAGCAAUCAGGUUGAAUGGGAAAUGUCCCUUAACACCGUUGGAGGUCGGUUUGAUGCUAAGAGGGAUGGGUUUUGACAAAAGUACAUCUAUCUUUUUAGCAUCAGGAAGAAUAUAUGACUCUGAGAGGCAUAUGGCUCCACUGCUUGAAAUGUUUCCUCUUUUACAAACAAAAGAGAUGCUGGCAUCUGCUGAGGAACUAGCUCCAUUUCAGAAUUAUUCCUCAAGAAUGGCGGCCAUAGACUAUACUGUUUGUCUUCACAGUGAAGUAUUUGUAACAACUCAAGGCGGAAACUUUCCCCAUUUUCUUUUGGGUCACAGAAGAUAUCUAUAUGGGGGACACUCCAGGACAAUUAGGCCUGACAAGCGGAAGUUGGCAUUAUUAUUUGACAAUCCAAAUAUUGGGUGGAAAAGCUUCAAGCGGCAAAUGCUAAAUAUGCGUGCACAUAGUGAUUCGAAGGGAAUUGAAUUGAAAAGACCAAAUGACUCUAUAUAUUCAUUCCCGUGCCCAGAUUGCAUGUGCCGAAUUAACAAGACAGAAGAUUCGAGAUCAUCAUCAGUAACGUGAUAUACCGGGGAAACCAAACAAAAGGUGUUCUUGUUCCCGUAAUUUGCAUGCACAUUUUGAUGCUAACCCUCAUUUCUUAAUUGUGAUUCUUUCAAUUUUUUCCCCUCUGGAUUGGUUGGAGGUCGGACACUGGACUCUUGGAUUGGAUUGGAUACAGAGAUGCCAGAAGAACGAUUAAACUAACUGUUCCUCGGGUGUCAGGGUUAAUUGCGUUGCCUCUGUGUAGACGAUGCAAGAAGAGAACUCCAAGAUAUUUCAACAGGGAAGUAACCUGGUCAUUAGUUUUGCAUCAAUUCGUGGUUUCAGCUACUGCAUCUAACAUGUGAAGUAACAAAGCAGCCGUUUGCUUAAAAUGGUGUGUUGACGUUUGUACUCUUGUAAAUUAGUGGUUUCAACUGUACUUUAGACCACAGAAACAGGAUAGGCAUUAUACAUUACUCUAAAAUGUAGCAUUAGUUCUAUUUUUGGUUUCCCAAUUUCAAAUUUUAAAUGCCAGAUUCGGAGAGACAAGAAAAUGCAUUUCAUGGAGUCGUUCGGUGGAUCUUUUUUCUGGGUGUUGGAUAUAUC